AUGCGAGGAAUCGAUAAAGGAAGAUAUGAAAGAAAGAAGGGCAGCAUUCAUGAACGAAGCCGACAAGGCCGAAAGAGCAUUUGCAAAGCCCGUCGAUGCUUCGACAAUUACAAGAUCAAGAUGAUCUCUUCUCGUCGCCCGGACGGACCAGUUACUGCAUCUCGAAGUGCAAUGAAGAAGGUCAUCUACGACCUUUCUUCGACGGCCGCAUCCACCUGCUUACCAAACAUCUUAUGGCAAUAUUUCGCUCCUUCGGUUUUCACGCAACAUCCUCAACAAGAUUGGCAGAAUAUUAGGCUACAUCGUGUUUAUAACAUCGAACAGGCGAAACGAGUGCUGGCCGAAUUGGACAAUGUUCAUGGAAGGAAUGGCCUGAGACUGAACUUAACGAGGUCGAUGUUCAUGAAAAACGGAUUGGUUCCUGAUGCUCCCUUGGCGCUAAGCGGAACGAAUAUCUCCAAAUGCUUUACCUAUGUGUAUCCAGGUCGGAAAGUCAACAGUGACGAGACGAAAAAACAGACACCACAGAUAACACUCACAUUUUCAACACUGAUGCCCUUCCGGCUUUGA